AUGAGGAUCGAGACGUGCUACUUCUGCUCCAGCCCGGUGUACCCGAGCAAGGGCAUCACGUUUGUCCGCAACGAUGCCCGCGCCUUCCGCUUCUGCAAGAGCAAGUGCCACAAGAACUUCAAGAUGAAGCGCAACCCCCGCAAGCUCGCCUGGACAAAGUCGUUCCGCCGCGCCCACGGCAAGGAGAUGACGGUCGACUCGACCCUCGCCUUCGCCGCCCGCCGCAACAUCCCCACGCGCUACAACCGCGACCUCGUCCAGACCACCCUCAAGGCCAUGUCGCGCGUCUCCGAGAUCCGCGCCCGCCGCGAGCGCGCCUUCUACAAGGCCCGCAUGCGCGGCAACAAGGAGCGCCAGCGCGCCGACGACAGGAAGCUCGUCGAGGAGAACCAGCACUUGCUGCCGCCGAGCGAGCGCUUCGCCGUGGUGCCGCCCGAGGAGGAGACGAUGGAGGUGGAUGUGGAUGCGGUCAAGGAGAAGGUCAAGGCGAGGAGGAAGGAGAUUGCCGAGGAUGAGCUGAGCGAGGACGAGCUGGAGGUGCCCAAGACCAAGGUCAAGAGCAAGAGGAAGUUGAAGAUGAAGGUCGGCGGCGGGACUGAGGCUAUGGAUGUCGACGAGUAG